AAUCCUCACCCUCACGUGGGCAUGUCUGCUCUUUAAAUUAGCCUGAGCCCACAAAAAAAAUACUAAUUGGAAUUCAAAUCAAAAUCAGGGAGCACUGAGAUAUCAUAGAAACGAUGACAUUACGGUUUGAAGCUGCCUGUCCCGAGGGUCUGAGCCCUGGAUGGAGUAUAAUUCUGAAAGGAGAACCCCCCUCUGAUGCCAGCAAAUUUGAGAUCAAUUUCCUCUGUGACCAGGAUGAUCGAGUAGCAUUCCACUUUAACCCUCGCUUUCCAGAGUCGGACAUCGUCUGCAAUUCAUUUGUGUCGAAUCGCUGGGGCAAGGAGGAACGCUGUACCAACUUUCCCUUUGGGCCAGAGGAACCAUUCAUGCUUGAAAUUUAUUCCGAUAAUGAGAACUUCCAUGUCUUUAUCGAUGAAUCCAAGAUAAUGCAAUACAAGCAUCGCAUUAAUGACCUGAAGGCCAUCACCAAAGUGCAGGUGACAGAAGACAUAAACAUCUCCUCUGUGGAAGUCACCAAGAAGCAUUUCUAUUAAUGGGAAGCAUUUUGAAGCAUUUGAUUGGAAUCAUCAACAUAUGAACAAAUGACUGUGUUUCUGAAGUACCUAACCUGAGGGCCACAUUUGAAAGUUUAUGGAUGCUUAUUAAAUAAACAGCAACAAAAGUAUCACCUUUGUUUCUUGAUCAAUUUUGAUUUAGAAUGAGAACUCCAGUUAGGUAUUGUACUGUUUCUCUUUGUUGAUGUAUGUGCUGGUGCUCUCCUAUCAGACUCUUGAACUGUGGCACACUCUAUUUAAUUAAACCCACUCUCUACCAU